GGGAGAAAUCCUUGGCCAUGAAACCUCUUGCAAAUUCUCAAAUCAAUUGAUUUGAGUUGUUUUUAGCGGAGCAUUUCGUCCCAAUUGUUAAGACCUUAAUUGAGUAUUAUUUAAGGAAUAGCUCGCACUCCAUUUACCAAUUCGGAAAGCAAUUAUCACUUUUAUUUAGUAGUAGUUUCAUGGUCUAAUGCUACACGUACAGGAACUACUCUGAAAGAAAGUCGUUAGCUCUGGUAAGCAAUCAGGAGUGACUUUUGGAAUAGGAGUCACUUCCUGACAUCGGUUGUGGUAACAGGUUGCACACAGGGAAAGACCAGGACUCUUGGUUGCCCCAUGCUUGAUUUUGGGGGCAAAUCUGACUUCCAGAGGAAGGUGGAAAGAGCCGGAGGGAAGGUUGAUGUUCUCUGCCUCUUUUCCGGAUUCAGUCAAGCAGCUGGAGCCCGUACCCGUGACUUGUGCCUCUCCCAUUGGAGUUACUUUGAAAAAACCCUCUCCGAUUGGUAGACUUUGAACAAUCAUUCCUGCCCUGUAUUUCACAGGGAUGGAUUAGGAAUUCUUGCAAGUUGAGACUUUCACAAACUAAGAACAAUUUUCUCUUCCUUGAGUGAAGUCCCUGGAGAGUUGGGACUACACUUUUUAAUAGUUUCAUCCUUUGCUCUCACCAUGAUUCUGUUAGGAGUGGGACUGACAAGGUUGCUCCUGAUGUAAACGGCCACCCACCUGGCUUCUGUAGUUCCGCAUCAGCAACCCAUUCUUAGCGCUGUUAGGGACCCUCCAGAUGUAUGUGGUCUGUGGCCACCAGAUCAGGGUCUGGUUUAGCGUCCAUUGGAGCGGGAUGGUUCAAUGAUGCUUUAGUUAACAAAUAAAGAGACAGACUCUUUAGCAAAGCACUAGGAAUGUAGGAUCCACAGCGAUGCCCUCCUUGGAAGACCCAAUGUUUGGAGUUCAGGGCUAUAAGCAGAGGAUAGAAUCACACAUUCCUUCUAGGAAAAAGAGUCUCUACUAGGCUGUGCCUUAGAAUUUAUUUUUGAUGUGUGCCUGGUUUACUAAUACAAGGAAGUAGCCAGUAGAUAGACUUUUUCUCAUUACCGUGUCUUAAAGUCACACUCUAGCCUCAGCUUCUGGUCAUUUUAGUAAAGCAAAGGAUUCUCCCAGAGGGGAGCGUCCUGCUUCUUUUCUCAUUAUUACUGGUGGAGAACAAUGCUACUGUAUUGUUGCUUUGCCAGUCUCCCUUGGAAAAGUUACCUUGAUCAAGGGUACACAUAAGUGUGCUACAUCUUAAAGUAUCAUCGGUGUCUAUACAGGGAGGAAAACAGAGCCUGAAGCCAGUGGGAGAGGAGCCAGUUUAGUAGCUGGCUGCCCUCUUCAGCUGGCUGAAACUAUGUGAGUCUUCCUCAAAAGUGUAGGACUUCGAGAGAUGCCAUUCAAAUUUUGCACGUUAAACAUUCUCCUGCCCCACUUAACGCUUUAUGGAGGGAAGAAUCCUGGUGGGAAAACCUAAAACCACUGAUGCUUCCUACCAACCCAAUUAGGGCUCGUCUGCUCCUGAAUUCCAGUUAGAUUUAACUCUGUACCUUCAGGGCCUUUGUCUGCUUCUUGUUAGAUACAAUGGUCUGAUCGGCAAUAUACAAUAUAGAAACUCUGUGUGUGUGUAUGUCUGCACGUCUGUGUGCAUGUACAUGUGUGUUUGUUUGCAUGUGGACAUGUGUGGAUGUGUGUGUGUUUGUGUGUAUAUGUGUAUAUGUGUGUGUAUGUGUGUGUAUAUGUGUGUAUGUGUGUAUGUGUGUAUAUGUGUGUGUAUAUGUGUGUGUGUAUGUAUAUGUGUGUGUAGGUCUGUAUAUGUGUGUAUGUGUGUGUGUCUAUGUAUGUGUGUGUAUGUAUGUGUGUGUGUAUGUGUGUGUAUGUGUGUAUAUGUGUGUGUAUGUGUGUGAGUGUGUGUGUGUGUGUGUGUGUGCCUGUGGAACCACACGACAACCUCAUGUAUCAUUUCUUAGGUAGCACUACCUCCCUUUUGUGUCUCUCAUUGGCCUGGAGCUGACCAAGUACACUGAGCUGGCUGGCCAGUGAGCCCCUGGGGUUUGCUGUCUCUAUGUCCCCAACACUGGGAUGACAAGUGCGAGCCACCAAGUUUAUCUACUUUGUAUCCAGUGGGGGUUCUGGAUACCGUAGUUAGCUUUUUAUGAUACCUGAAAUGCUUUCUUUGUGAAGAUACUUCUAUGGGAAUCAAGCCUGUAUGAAUAAGUGUACAUAGUAGGCCCUCAUCUCCUGCGUGACCGGGGUGCUUCUCAUUGGAUCUCAGGGACAUGUGCCAUCUACUUCUAAUAAGAAUGGCAGGCUGUGGGCCCUGCAUCUUCCAGGUCUUUAACACUGCCUGCCAGGGCCUAGAGGACCUUCCACGGAAGAGAGAGACCUUAGAUAGCUAUAGCAAAAGCAGUCUGUGGAUAUUGCUGCUAAGAGUUCCCACUCAGUGCUCCAGACAUACACCAGGUGAGAAACAGCUCUGUGGAAACCUAACUCAAGCCCCACAAUGCCCUGGGCUUUUCCAUCCAGAUCCAUCUGCUGUGUAGCUCAGAGCUCCCUCCUCAAAACCCGGUGUGUCCGCCUCUCAAGUUAAGGCCUGCCGUGCUCAGAUCACACUGUGGAGCCCCUCUUUCCACUCCCCUUGCUUUCUGGUGACAUCGAGACAUCUUAACUUGAGCCCACAGGCUUUGGGCCCAGUCUAGCAUUUCAGGUGUUUCCUGAUAAAAUUGUCAACGUCAGCACUGUGGUGUGUCUGUGUGUGUGUCACUCUCUUGUGUGUAUGUGUAUAUGUAUGUGUGUGUGUGUGUGUAUGAAUGUGUGUGUGUAUGAAUGUGUGUGUGUAUGUGUGAGUGUAUGAAUGUGUAUGAGUGUGUGUGUGUAUAUGUGUGAGUGUAUGAAUGUGUAUGAGUGUGUGUGUGUGUGUGUGUGUGUGUGUGUGUGUGUGUGUAUUUGAUUCCCUACUUAGGAGAUCUCUUCCCGUGCACAUUCAGAAGACACCGGCCUCUCCGAACCAUGCUGCUUCACUUCUCACAAUGAAUAUUCAGAGGCUGCAGUCACGGAGGACUCAGGUCCUACUAAUACUAGCGUGAUGACAACGCGACCUAGCCCGAAAGCCACUCUGAUGGAAACACUGAUGAUGGUCCCCCUGCCCCUCACACUGCAGUAGAGUCCCGGGGAACCUCUGAAUUGGGCAUCUGUCCUUCCCAACAGUGGGCUCACGCCUUUCUGGAUAGUGUGUUGUCAUGAGCAUGUUGUUUUAAAAAGACAACAGACCCUUCUGUAGUCCUCUCCGCAAAAUGUAUCAGGACUAACUGGGCAUAAUGGAUGCCCUGUUGAGACCAGCAAUGCAUGCAUUGUUUGCCUGAAAAUUCGCUCAGCGUCUCGCUGGGGGAAAGUGGCUGAUUUAUUUUAUAUAUUUUGCCACCAUCAGCAGUUGAACUCAAGCUGCUCCGUUCUCUGAAGGGUUAAUUUUCGCUCCGUGCGGAUCUAGGCUGAUGGAUAAAUUGCAGCGCUCUCUCUCUCUCUCUCUCUCUCUCUCUCUCUCUCUCUCUCUCUCUCUCUCUCUGUCUCUUGUGGAGGAUUCUGAAGUCGUUUCUUCAGGAUUAGUGCUGGCUUCUCAGCUGCCGCCUGUGUGGUGACUCCGGGUCCUUCCCUUCUACAAGAGCCACCCUUCGCAGCGUUCCCCCUUCGAAGGAAUCACUUAGACACUUCCAGCUGGUGGCAGGGGAUGCGGCCAUAACACAGCUCCUCCGGUCCCAGCUACGUCCACUACAGCCUCUGCAUCAGGAUGGCUGCCCUCUCCGCGAGAGGGGAAGGCUCAGCAAGGUGUAGGAUGAAACCCGGCCCCUGCUGUGGUGGGUUUUGAAAGCUGCGGUUUCCUCAGCAUCUCUGCCUCUCUGCCUCUUGGACGCUUCCUUGCCUUUCAGCUCAGGCUCCUCUCCUGUGAGGGCUAUGCUGCUCUAUGCCUGACUAGAGGUACUCAAGGAGAUCACCUUUUCAGAGAAAGCUCUGCGUGCUUGACAGGGUCUUUUUUUCCAUGCAUUAUGGCUCAUGCCGCCUCCCAGUUAAAGAAAAACAGGGAUUUAGAAAUCAAUGCGGAAGAAGAGACCGAGAAAAAAAAGAAGCACCGUAAACGGUCCCGGGAUCGCAAGAAAAAGUCGGAUGCCAAUGCAAGUUACUUGAGAGCAGCUCGGGCGGGGCACCUGGAAAAGGCCCUUGACUACAUCAAAAAUGGAGUGGACGUCAACAUCUGUAACCAGAAUGGGUUGAAUGCGCUCCAUCUUGCUUCCAAAGAAGGCCAUGUGGAAGUGGUCUCCGAGCUGCUGCAGAGAGAAGCCAACGUCGAUGCAGCCACAAAGAAAGGAAACACAGCCUUACACAUCGCAUCCUUGGCUGGACAAGCGGAAGUGGUCAAGGUCUUGGUUACGAACGGAGCGAACGUCAACGCACAGUCUCAGAAUGGCUUCACGCCGCUGUAUAUGGCGGCCCAGGAGAACCACCUGGAAGUCGUCAGGUUUCUUCUGGACAAUGGUGCCAGCCAAAGCCUGGCUACAGAGGAUGGCUUCACGCCAUUGGCCGUGGCUCUUCAACAAGGUCACGACCAAGUCGUAUCCCUCCUGCUCGAGAACGACACGAAGGGAAAAGUGCGCCUCCCAGCCCUCCACAUCGCGGCCCGGAAAGAUGACACCAAAGCGGCAGCUCUGCUCCUACAGAACGACACCAAUGCAGACAUAGAGUCAAAGAUGGUGGUGAAUAGAGCAACUGAGAGUGGCUUCACCCCACUCCACAUAGCUGCCCACUACGGGAAUAUCAAUGUGGCCACGUUGCUGUUAAACCGAGCGGCUGCCGUGGACUUCACCGCACGGAAUGACAUCACUCCUUUGCAUGUUGCCUCGAAACGGGGAAACGCAAAUAUGGUAAAGCUGUUGCUCGACCGGGGUGCGAAGAUCGACGCCAAGACCAGGGACGGUCUGACCCCGCUGCACUGCGGGGCGAGAAGUGGCCACGAGCAGGUGGUAGAGAUGUUGCUGGACAGAGCCGCCCCCAUCCUUUCGAAAACCAAGAAUGGACUGUCCCCACUGCACAUGGCCACACAAGGAGACCAUUUAAACUGCGUCCAACUCCUCCUCCAGCACAACGUGCCCGUGGAUGACGUCACCAACGACUACCUGACCGCCCUCCACGUGGCGGCCCACUGCGGCCAUUACAAAGUUGCCAAGGUUCUUUUGGAUAAGAAAGCUAACCCCAAUGCCAAAGCUCUGAAUGGCUUCACCCCUCUCCAUAUCGCCUGCAAAAAGAACCGAAUCCGAGUAAUGGAACUCCUUUUGAAGCACGGUGCAUCUAUUCAAGCCGUAACCGAGUCGGGCCUUACCCCAAUCCAUGUCGCUGCCUUCAUGGGACAUGUAAAUAUCGUGUCACAGCUAAUGCAUCAUGGAGCCUCCCCAAACACCACCAACGUGAGAGGAGAAACAGCAUUGCAUAUGGCGGCUCGGUCGGGGCAAGCAGAAGUGGUGCGGUAUUUGGUACAAGAUGGAGCUCAGGUAGAAGCAAAAGCUAAGGAUGACCAGACCCCACUCCACAUUUCAGCCCGACUCGGGAAGGCUGACAUAGUGCAACAACUGUUACAGCAAGGAGCGUCCCCGAAUGCAGCAACAACUUCCGGGUACACCCCCCUUCACCUUUCGGCCAGAGAGGGGCAUGAGGAUGUAGCUGCCUUCCUUCUGGACCAUGGAGCAUCUUUAUCCAUAACAACAAAGAAGGGAUUCACGCCUCUGCACGUGGCUGCAAAAUAUGGGAAGCUUGAAGUGGCAAGUCUCCUGCUGCAGAAGAGUGCGUCUCCUGAUGCCGCUGGGAAGAGCGGGCUAACUCCACUGCAUGUAGCAGCACAUUACGAUAAUCAGAAAGUGGCCCUUCUGCUUUUGGACCAGGGAGCCUCACCCCACGCAGCUGCAAAGAACGGUUAUACGCCACUGCACAUCGCCGCCAAGAAGAACCAGAUGGACAUAGCCACGUCCCUGCUGGAGUACGGAGCUGAUGCAAACGCCGUUACCCGGCAAGGGAUUGCGUCCGUCCACCUUGCAGCGCAGGAAGGGCACGUGGACAUGGUGUCGCUGCUCCUCAGUAGAAAUGCGAACGUCAACUUGAGCAAUAAGAGCGGCCUCACCCCACUCCACCUGGCGGCUCAAGAAGACCGAGUGAACGUGGCUGAGGUCCUUGUCAACCAAGGGGCCCACGUGGAUGCACAGACAAAGAUGGGCUACACGCCGCUCCAUGUGGGCUGUCACUAUGGAAACAUCAAAAUAGUCAAUUUUCUGCUGCAGCAUUCUGCGAAAGUUAAUGCCAAGACAAAGAAUGGAUACACGCCACUGCACCAGGCAGCCCAGCAGGGCCACACACACAUCAUCAACGUCCUGCUCCAGAACAACGCUUCCCCCAAUGAACUCACUGUGAAUGGGAACACAGCCCUGGCCAUCGCCCGACGCCUUGGCUACAUCUCGGUGGUUGACACCCUAAAGGUCGUGACAGAGGAAAUUAUGACCACCACUACCAUCACGGAGAAGCACAAAAUGAAUGUCCCAGAAACGAUGAAUGAAGUCCUCGACAUGUCAGACGAUGAAGUUGGUAAAGCCAGCGCCCCCGAAAAGCUCAGUGAUGGGGAAUAUAUCUCAGAUGGUGAAGAAGGUGAUAAAAGCACAUGGUUCAAAAUUCCCAAAGUGCAGGAGGUUUUGGUGAAAAGUGAAGAUGCCAUCACAGGGGACACUGACAAGUAUCUCGGGCCACAGGACCUCAAGGAGCUGGGCGAUGACUCCCUGCCUGCCGAGGGCUAUGUGGGCUUCAGUCUCGGAGCCCGUUCUGCCAGCCUUCGCUCCUUCAGUUCGGAUAGGUCCUACACCCUGAACAGAAGCUCCUAUGCGCGGGACAGCAUGAUGAUCGAGGAGCUUCUGGUGCCAUCCAAAGAGCAGCACCUUCCAUUCACGAGGGAGUUUGACUCCGACUCCCUCAGACACUACAGUUGGGCAGCAGACACACUGGACAAUGUGAACCUGGUCUCCAGCCCUGUGCAUUCUGGCUACUCGUCUCCGCUGCCUCAGUAUGACUCAAGGUUUCUGGUUAGCUUUAUGGUGGACGCGAGAGGGGGCUCCAUGCGAGGAAGCCGCCACCACGGGAUGCGGAUCAUCAUCCCUCCGCGCAAGUGUACGGCCCCCACCCGCAUCACUUGCCGCCUGGUAAAGAGACAUAAACUGGCCAACCCACCCCCCAUGGUGGAAGGAGAGGGAUUAGCCAGUAGGCUGGUAGAAAUGGGUCCUGCGGGGGCACAAUUUUUAGGUAAACUGCACCUUCCCACCCAUCCUCCCCCUGUAAAUGAGGGCGAGGGCUUGGUUAGCCGAAUCCUGCAGCUUGGGCCUCAAGGAACAAAAUUUAUUGGCCCGGUCAUAGUGGAAAUCCCUCAUUUUGGGUCCAUGAGAGGAAAGGAGAGGGAACUCAUUGUCCUCCGGAGCGAGAACGGAGAGACCUGGAAGGAACACCAGUUUGACAGCAAAAACGAAGACCUCUCGGAGCUCCUCAAUGGCAUGGACGAAGAACUUGACAGCCCAGAAGAGUUGGGCACAAAGCGCAUCUGCAGAAUCAUCACGAAGGAUUUCCCCCAGUAUUUCGCUGUGGUUUCCCGGAUUAAGCAGGAAAGCAACCAGAUUGGUCCCGAAGGUGGGAUUCUGAGCAGCACCACGGUCCCCCUCGUCCAGGCGUCUUUCCCAGAGGGUGCCUUAACCAAAAGGAUCCGUGUGGGUCUGCAGGCUCAGCCCGUACCAGAGGAGACUGUGAAAAAGAUCCUUGGAAACAAAGCAACGUUUAGCCCAAUUGUCACGGUGGAGCCGAGGAGGAGGAAAUUCCAUAAGCCGAUCACCAUGACCAUCCCGGUGCCCCCACCCUCGGGAGAAGGCGUGUCCAAUGGGUACAAGGGGGACACCACGCCCAGCCUGCGACUCCUCUGCAGCAUUACAGGAGGGACCUCGCCGGCUCAGUGGGAAGACAUCACAGGCACAACCCCGCUGACCUUCAUAAAGGACUGUGUGUCUUUCACAACCAAUGUUUCAGCCAGGUUCUGGCUGGCGGACUGCCAUCAGGUGUUAGAAACCGUAGGGCUAGCCUCGCAGCUGUACAGAGAGUUGAUAUGUGUCCCCUACAUGGCCAAGUUUGUUGUUUUUGCCAAAACAAACGACCCAGUGGAAUCCUCCCUAAGGUGCUUCUGUAUGACAGACGACAGAGUGGACAAAACCCUGGAGCAGCAGGAGAAUUUCGAGGAGGUUGCCAGAAGCAAAGACAUCGAGGUUCUGGAAGGAAAGCCCAUCUAUGUUGAUUGCUAUGGAAACCUGGCUCCUCUGACCAAAGGAGGGCAGCAGCUUGUUUUUAACUUCUAUUCUUUCAAAGAAAACAGACUGCCAUUUUCCAUCAAGGUUAGAGACACCAGCCAAGAGCCCUGCGGCCGUCUGUCUUUCCUGAAGGAGCCGAAAACAACAAAAGGAUUACCCCAAACGGCUGUUUGCAACUUAAAUAUUACUCUACCGGCGCAUAAAAAGGAGACAGAGUCAGAUCAAGAUGAUGAGGCUGAGAAGGCAGACAGACGCCAGAGCUUCACAUCCCUAGCCUUACGUAAGCGCUACAGCUACUUGACUGAGCCCAGCAUGAAAACAGUUGAACGGAGUUCAGGAACAGCAAGAUCCCUUCCCACUACUUAUUCACACAAGCCAUUCUUUUCUACAAGACCAUACCAGUCCUGGACUACGACUCCACUCACAGUGCCCGGGCCGGCCAAAUCAGGCUCCUUAUCCAGCUCCCCCUCUAACACGCCGUCAGCGUCUCCGUUAAAAUCCAUAUGGUCUGUUUCAACGCCUUCUCCGAUCAAAUCCACGCUAGGCGCCUCAACUACGUCAUCAGUCAAAUCCAUUAGUGAUGUGGCGUCUCCUAUUAGAUCUUUCCGGACAAUUUCUUCGCCAAUAAGAACGGUGGCAUCGCCGUCUCCAUACAAUACCCAAGUUGCCUCUGGUACCCUUGGGAGGGUUCCCACCAUCACAGAGGCCACACCUAUAAAGGGGCUGGCUCCCAACUCAACUUUGUCCUCUCGAACUUCUCCUGUGACGACCGCAGGGUCUCUGUUGGAGAGGUCGUCCAUCACCAUGACACCCCCUGCCUCCCCCAAAGCCAACAUCACCAUGUAUUCCUCCAGCUUGCCAUUUAAGUCCAUUAUCACGUCAGCGGCACCGCUGAUCUCCUCCCCUUUAAAGUCAGUGGUGUCUCCGACCAAGUCUGCAGCUGAUGUCAUCUCAACAGCUAAAGCUGCGAUGGCAUCGACUCUCUCCUCCCCCUUAAAGCAGAUGUCUGGACAUGCAGAAGUAGCGCUAGUCAAUGGGUCUGUUUCUCCUCUGAAGUAUCCUUCCUCUUCCGCUUUAAUUAACGGAUGCAAAGCCACUGCCACAUUACAGGACAAAAUUUCUACAGCCACAAAUGCUGUGAGCUCGGUGGUGAGCGCGGCCCCUGACACGGUGGAGAAAGCGCUCUCCACCACAACAGCCAUGCCCUUUUCCCCACUCAGGUCUUACGUUUCCGCUGCAGCGCCCUCUGCUUUUCAGUCCCUUAGAGCUCCCUCUGCCAGUGCACUCUACACCUCCCUCGGGCCUUCAGUAGCUGUUACUACCUCAUCCGUAACUUCAUCGAUAAUCACAGUGCCAGUAUACUCGGUAGUCAAUGUUUUGCCAGAACCAGCAUUGAAGAAACUUCCAGACUCUAACUCGCUCACAAAAUCGGCAGCGGCUUUGCUGUCGCCCAUUAAAACAUUGACUACGGAGACACGUCCUCAGCCCCAUUUCAAUCGAACGUCAUCUCCCGUCAAGUCCUCUCUGUUCCUGGCAUCCUCGGCCCUUAAGCCGUCAGUACCAUCUUCUUUAUCUUCCAGUCAGGAGAUCUUAAAAGAUGUGGCCGAGAUGAAGGAGGACCUCAUGAGAAUGACCGCCAUACUGCAGACGGAUGUGCCUGAGGAGAAGCCAUUCCAGACCGACCUCCCCCGAGAAGGGAGGAUAGACGACGAAGAGCCUUUCAAAAUCGUUGAGAAAGUGAAGGAAGACUUAGUCAAAGUCAGUGAGAUACUCAAAAAGGACGUGUGUGUCGAGAGCAAAGGGCCACCCAAGUCCCCAAAGAGUGACAAAGGACACUCUCCAGAAGAUGACUGGACGGAAUUUAGUUCUGAGGAAAUACGAGAAGCCAGGCAGGCUGCUGCCAGUCACGCCCCAUCCCUGCCCGAGAGAGUACAUGGAAAGGCCAACCUCACCAGAGUCAUAGACUACCUGACCAAUGACAUCGGGAGCAGUUCACUGACCAACUUAAAGUACAAGUUUGAAGAGGCUAAGAAGGAAGGAGAGGAGAGACAGAAGAGAAUUUUAAAGCCAGCCAUGGCCUUGCAGGAGCAUAAACUCAAAAUGCCGCCAGCCUCCAUGAGACCUUCCACCUCCGAGAAGGAACUGUGCAAGAUGGCGGACUCCUUUUUUGGAACAGAUGCCAUCCUAGAGUCUCCCGAUGACUUUUCUCAACAUGACCAAGACAAAAGUCCCUUGUCCGACAGUGGCUUUGAAACCCGAAGUGAGAAAACACCUUCAGCCCCCCAAAGUGCCGAGAGCACCGGCCCUAAGCCACUAUUUCAUGAAGUCCCCAUCCCCCCUGUCAUCACAGAGACGAGAACUGAAGUAGUCCACGUGAUCAGGAGCUACGAGCCCUCUACUGGGGAGAUCCCCCAGUCCCAGCCAGAGGACCCCGUGUCUCCCAAACCUCCCCCUACAUUUAUGGAGUUGGAACCAAAGCCCACCGCCCCUAGCAUUAAGGAAAAAGUGAAAGCAUUCCAAAUGAAAGCCAGUAGCGAGGAAGAGGACCACAGUCGGGUUUUAAGCAAAGGCAUGCGUGUCAAAGAAGAGACUCACAUCACCACAACCACGAGGAUGGUGUAUCACUCCCCGCCUGGCAGUGAGUGUGCCUCCGAGAGGAUUGAGGAGACCAUGUCAGUCCAUGACAUUAUGAAGGCUUUUCAGUCCGGGCGAGACCCUUCCAAAGAGCUGGCGGGGCUGUUUGAACACAAGUCGGCCAUGUCUCCGGAUGUUGCCAAGUCUGCUGCUGAGACCUCGGCCCAGCACGCAGAGAAGGACAACCAAAUGAAACCCAAACUGGAGCGUAUUAUAGAGGUCCACAUCGAAAAAGGUAACCAAGCCGAACCCACUGAAGUCAUUAUUAGAGAGACCAAAAAGCAUCCAGAGAAGGAAGUGUCUGUGUAUCAGAAAGACUUAUUAUCCCGGGGAAAUAUUAACUUAAAAGAUUUUCUGCCAGAGAAGCACGAUGCUUUCCCUUGCCCCGAGGAGCAGGGCCAGCAAGAAGAGGAGGAGUUUGCCGCAGAAGAGUCCUUGCCUUCUUAUCUGGAGUCUUCCAGAGUAAACACUCCAGGGUCCCAAGAAGAAGAUAGCCGCCCUAGUUCCGCACAGCUUCUGUCCGAUGACUCUUAUAAAACCCUGAAGCUUCUGAGUCAGCACUCCGUAGAGUACCAUGAUGAUGAGCUGUCAGACCUAAGAGGGGAGUCUUACAGGUUUGCCGAGAAAAUGCUUCUCUCAGAAAAGCUAGAUGUUUCUCACUCUGAUACCGAGGAAUCGGUGACAGACCAUGCAGGACCCCCUAGCUCAGAGUUACAGGGGUCUGAUAAGCGAUCCAGAGAAAAAGUAGCCACUGCCCCCCCAAAAGAGAUCCUCUCCAAAAUCUAUAAAGAUGUGUCUGAAAAUGGUAUAGGGAGAGUGUCUAAAGAUGAGCAUUUUGAGAAACUGACAGUGUUGCACUACGCGGGCAAUGUCAGUGGUCCCAAACAUACCAUGUGGAUGCAUUUGUCCGAGGACAGACUAGACAGAGGUAGAGAGAAGCUGAUGUAUGAAGAUAGGGUGGACAGGACCGUGAAGGAGGCAGAAGAGAAGUUGACCGAAGUGUCUCAAUUUUUUCGUGACAAAACCGAGAAGCUCAACGACGAACUGCAGUCCCCGGAGAAAAAGCCACGCCCCAAAAACGGCAAGGAAUACUCUUCUCAGAGUUCCACCAGCAGUAGCCCCGAGAAAGUGUUAACAGAACUGUUGGCAUCCAACGAUGAAUGGGUUAAGGCCAGGCAGCGCGGUCCAGAUGGACAAGGUGUCCCGCAGGCUGAGGACAGGAAGGCACCCAGUGGGUCCAGCAGCCCCGAGAAGAGGGUCCCUUCCCAACAGAUUGAGGAUGGCCAGCCUCCAGAGGAAGCCAAAAGAACUGUCAUUGCUCAGAGCAGGGGACAAGAAGGACCCCAGUCUGGAUUUCAGCUCAAACAAUCUAAACUCAGUUCCAUUAGAUUAAAAUUUGAACAAGGCGCACGGGCCAAAAGUAAGGAUCAUGAGGAAAAAAAUCUGGACGGGCCAUCCCGAAUCCCUGUAAAGAAAACUCAAGAAAACAAGCUGCCCACGCACCCAGGUUUUGCUAGAGAAAAACAGCAGAAGGCUGUAGAUCCCCCAGAGGAAAAAAUGUCGGUGCAAAAUGAUGUUCUGAUUUUCAGACCUGAGCAUGGCAAAAGCAGUGAGAUGGUUGUGAGCGAAUCUGGCUCCAGUGAUGGCAAAAGCCACAGAACUGAGAUGUUAAGUAAGGCAACGCCUGACUUCUUUCCUGAGCAACAGGUUGAAGACUCAGCCUGUCCCAUAACCUCAGAUCUAGAGACCAAGGGACCAUGGGACCGAAAGGUCUUUAGAACAUGGGAAAGUUCUGGGGCCAAUAACAAUAAGGCUCAGAAAGAACAACUCUCUCACGUGCUCGUUCACGAUAUCAGAGAGAGUCACGUUGGUCACCCUGACAGUAGCGAGAACGGUGACCCAAAGAAUGAUUUUAUGUAUGUGACUGAGAGAGAACACAAAAUGUUAACGAACGGCUCUCUCUCAGAAAUUAAAGAAAUGAGUGUAAAGUCUCCCUCCAAGAAAGUGUUAUACAGGGAAUACAUGGUUAAAGAAGGGGACCUUCCCAGCAGCACUCUCGACCCCCCCAGGAGAAGCGAGAGCUCGGCAGCAUCUCACACUCCCAUCAGGGUCACAGAUGAGAGGAGGAUGCUGUCAUCAAACAUUCCUGAUGGGAUUUGUGAGCAGACAACAUUUCCAAAACAAGACCUGUCCCAAAGAGUGUCCCGGCCAAGUGUGAGCAAAGGGGCAGUUGAGAGCCAGCACUUUAACUCCAUAGACGAUGAGAAAGUUACCUAUUCCGAGAUGAGCAAAGUUUCCAAACGUCAGAGUUACGUAGGCCUAUGCCCAGCUCUCGAUGAAACCGAGACCUCUCCCACCAAAUCUCCCGAUUCCUUAGAGUUUAGCCCAGGGAAGGACUCUCCCUCUAGCGAUGUGUUCGACCACGGUUCAAUGGAUGGGUUAGAGAAGGCUGAAGGAGGUAAAGAGAUCAAAACCUUACCUGUUUAUGUCAGCUUCGUGCAAGUGGGGAAACAGUAUGAAAAGGAACUCCAACAAGGAGGUGUGAAAAAAAUCAUCAGUCAGGAGUGUAAGACAGUGCAGGAAGCCAGGGGGACUUUCUAUACCGCUAGACAGCAGAAGCAGCCUCCUUCUCCCCAGGGAAGUCCAGAAGACGAUACUCUAGAGCAAGUGUCCUUUCUAGACAGCUCUGGGAAGAGCCCUUUGACCCCAGAAACUCCCAGUUCCGAGGAAGUGAGUUAUGAGUUCACGUCUAAGACGCCAGACUCACUCAUAGCUUUUAUACCAGGACAGCCCAGCCCAAUUCCUGAGGUUUCUGAGGAGGAGGAGGAGGAGGAAGAGCCCAAAGCAGCCCCACUAAGGCAGGUGCCCGUGGAGAAGGAAACAGAUCGUGAUGUGAGCAAAGACUCUGUCCAAAGACCCAAAUGCAACCGAGUGGCCUAUAUUGAGUUUCCUCCUCCUCCCCCCCUGGAUGCCGACCAGAUGGAGUCAGAUAAGAAACACGAGUAUCUCCCCGACAGGGAGGUUGACAUGAUGGAAGUCAGCCUUCAGGAUGAGUCUGACAAGUACCAGUUGGCCGAGCCAGUCAUCCGAGUGCAGCCCCCAUCACCAGUCCCUCCUGGUGCCGAUGCCAGUGAGUCCAGCGAUGACGAGUCCAUGUAUCAACCGGCCCCAGUUAAAAAAUACACCUUCAAGCUGAAGGGAGUGGACGAAGGGCAGAAAGACACAGCAAAAUCCAAAACGGCCACCACAAAGGCUUCCAACCAGAAAGAGGUGGAGAGUAACGGGAAAGAGAGUGAGUCUGGCCUUGACUCACCUCAGAAUGAAACCGCUCAGAACGGAAACAACGACCAGUCUGUCACCGAGUGUUCCAUCGCCACCACGGCCGAGUUUUCUCACGACACGGAUGCCACAGAGAUAGACUCUCUGGAUGGCUAUGACCUGCAGGACGAGGAUGACGGCCUAACAGAGAGCGACUCUAAACUCCCGAGUCAAACUAUAGACACCAAGAAGGAUGUCUGGACGGAGGGCAUUCUGAAGCCGGCCGACCGCUCUUUCAGUCAGAGCAAACUGGAAGUUAUUGAAGAGGAGGGGAAAGUGGGACUGGACGAAGAGAAACCAUUACCUUCUAAAAGCUCGUCAUCUGACCGAACCCCAGAGAAGGCUGAUCCCAAGUCGGGGGCCCAGUUUUUCACCCUGGAAGGCAGACACCCGGACAGAUCAGUGUUCCCUGAUACUUACUUCAGUUACAAAGUUGAUGAAGAAUUUGCCACUCCCUUUAAAACAGUGGCGACCAAAGGUCUAGACUUUGACCCUUGGCCCAAUAACCGAGGGGACAAUGAAGUUUUUGAUGGUAAAUCCCGGGAAGAUGACACUAAGCCAUUUGGUCUGGCGGUGGACGACCGCUCUCCGGCAACCACCCCUGACACAACGCCAGCCAGAACACCAACUGACGAAAGUACCCCAACUAGUGAGCCUAACCCCUUCCCAUUUCAUGAAGGAAAAAUGUUUGAGAUGACCCGCAGUGGUGCAAUUGACAUGAGCAAGAGAGAUUUUGUGGAAGAGAGGCUCCAAUUUUUCCAGAUUGGUGAGCAUACUCCUGAAGGGAAGUCAGGGGCCCAGGGGGAAGGGGGUACGGUCACUGAUACCCCACAGCCAGAGUCAGGGGACACCUCGGUAGACACCAAUCUAGAGAGAGAUGUAGAGGCACCUACAGUCGACCCCAACCCCAGCAUCCCGACCAAUGGAGAGUGUCAGGAAGGCACAGCCUGCAAUGGCUGCCUGGAGAAGUCGGCAGCUGCCACUAACACCUCAAAAGUUGACCCCAAGUCACGCACACCUAUAAAAAUGGGAAUUUCUGCAUCUACCAUGACCAUGAAGAAAGAAGGCUCUGGAGACACAACAGAUAAGACAGAGGCUGUGGUGACCAGUUAUCAGGGAUUAGAAAAUGAAAUCGUGAAAGAGAUCUCAAGCGCACUCAAUAGCCAGGUGGGCAUUAGGCCCCAAGAGAAACACGAUUUUCAAAAAGAUAACUUUAAUAACAACAAUAAUCUGGAUGCUUCCGCUAUGCAGACAGAUAACACCACAAGUCACAUAGUUCUGACAGGACGCGCUGCAUCCACUUGUACCACAGAGAAAGCUAAUCCAGUGAAAGGCUCAGGAAAGAGUCCAGGGACUCAAGGACGCUCCAGCAGAGAUUCUCAGAAGGAACCAAUAGGGGUUAGGCGGAAAUCCAAGCUUCCCGUAAAGGCCACCGCACCAAAAGAUGUCUUCCCGCCAAACCAUAAGCCAGACAGUAAAGCAGGUCCACAGAGUCCUUGUGAGCGGACGGAUAUCAGGAUGGCAAUAGUAGCCGAUCACCUGGGACUUAGUUGGACAGAGCUGGCAAGGGAACUGAAUUUUUCAGUGGAUGAAAUCAACCAAAUACGAGUGGAAAAUCCCAAUUCUUUAAUUUCUCAGAGCUUCAUGUUAUUAAAAAAGUGGGUGACGAGAGACGGGAAGAAUGCCACAACUGAUGCCUUAACUUCGGUCUUAACAAAAAUUAACCGAAUAGACAUAGUAACUCUGCUGGAAGGACCAAUAUUUGAUUAUGGGAAUAUUUCAGGCACCAGAAGCUUUGCAGAUGAAAACAAUGUUUUCCAUGACCCAGUUGAUGGUCACCCUUCCUUUCAAGUGGAGCUGGAGACCCCAAUGGGGUUGUACUGCACACCACCCACCCCUUUCCAGCAAGAUGACCAUUUUAGUGAUAACUCUAGCAUAGAGUCUCCCUUUAGGACCCCCAGUAGACUGAGUGACGGGCUGAUGCCUUCCCAGGGAAGCAUAGAGCAUCCAGCAGGUGGACCUCCAGUGGUAACUGCAGAAGACACUUCUUUAGAAGACAGCAAAAUGGACGAUUCAGUAACGGUAACAGAAACGGCUGACCCACUGGACGUAGAUGAGAGCCAGUUGAAGGACCUGUGUCAGAGCGAGUGUGCUCACUGCUGGGCGAGUGUGCCCGGGGUCCCAAGCGGCGGUCCGCAGGCAGAGCCACUGAGAGCGCAGACUAGAAAAGUAGGCGUGAGCUCUGAACAGCAGGAGAAAGGAGACUCUGGUCCUGAGGAGGAGAUGGCGGACGACAAGGUCAGAUCUCUGUUUGAGGACAUUCAACUUGAAGAAGUAGAGGCUGAGGAGAUGACAGAAGACGAGGGGCAGGCUAUACUUAACCGUGUUCCGCGAGCAGAACUGGCAAUGUCUUCACUUGCAGGUUGGCAGAACGAGACGCCAAGUGGAAGCCUAGAGUCCCCGGCGCAAGCGCGAAGAAUAACCGGUGGGUUACUGGACCGUCUGGACGACAGCUCUGACCAGGUUCGGGAUCCCAUUACCUCAUACCUCACAGGAGAAGCUGGGAAGUUCGAAGCAAACGGAAACCACGCAGAAGUCAUUCCAGAAGCAAAGGCCAAGGCCUACUUUCCUGAAUCCCAAAACGAUAUAGGGAAACAGAGCAUCAAGGAGAACUUGAAACCAAAAACACACGGAUGUGGUCGCGCUGAGGAACCAGUGUCGCCCCUCACAGCCUACCAGAAAUCUCUAGAAGAAACCAGCAAGCUUGUCAUAGAAGACGCACCUAAACCCUGUGUGCCUGUCGGCAUGAAAAAGAUGACCAGGACUCCGGCUGACGGCAAAGCCAGGCUCAACCUCCAGGAAGAGGAGGGGUCCGCCAGGUCAGAGCCUAAGGGAGAAGGCUAUAAGGUGAAAACAAAGAAGGAAAUCCGGAAUGUGGAGAAGAAAGCCCACUAGUGACGGUGACGUCAGUCCAGGACCACGCGUUCGUACUGCCAGUAUUGAGAAACUCACCAGAGAUCAGCAGGGAGGAGAAUCUCUAGCAAGAGCGGAGUGUGGAUCUGCCACCCCACACAUCAGUGACAUGUUUGGGGUUUUGGGUUUUUUUGGUUUUUUUUUUUAAUGCAGAAGGAUAAAGAAAAUCACCUUUUUUUUUAUUUAGCAUGAGCCAAUUUACAGAGCAUGGAGACUCACUUUCAUUCCCGGCGCUGACACGCGUGCACUAAGCAAGUGCAAUGUAAGAUACAAGAAGCCAUGUUGUUCAGACUCAGCCUCAAGUAAUUUGGUGUCACUUUCGGAGAAGACAGACAAACAACGACACCUGUGCCACCGGAAGGAGGGACAGCACAAGAUGGAGCGAUCAAAUCCAGAAGACACACUGAAAUUACUAAAUCCACAACAGCUCGCCUUAUUUUUCUUGGACCCAAACUAACUGUCAGGGUAUAAACACUGUUUGUUUCUUUUUUUUUUUUUUAAAGAAAAAAUAAUAAUAAAAAAAAUCAAUAGUUUUGCUGUAAAUAAUAACACUGUAAAUUCUAACAGAAGAAACUACAAUAAAGAAUUAUAAGGCACCUGCCUCACGGAACACAAAGAUACCACAAACGCGUCCAAUGACAGGCGUACCAAGUGGCCUCACCCUGGACAAGGACGGGAAUCUGGCGCGUGCGGGACGCUCUCUCACUGACUCCUGUAUAUUAGCAAUUAUGAUGUUUGUACACGCAAAACUGCUCGCUUGGUUUUAAAAAGAAAAUGCAAAUCUUUAAAAAAAAAAAAAAAGAAAUCUGCUGCAAAAUUUAAAUAAUUCCCCCAGCGAGGAGGAAUUCUGUAGUUCUGUGAAGAGAAGAAUUUUUUUCCUUCAGAAUAUACUAAUAUUUUGAUGCAUGCAUAUCUCCUUAUUUUGAUUAAACCUUUUCCAAUUUUGCAAACACUACAGUCUCCUGCAACACGGGAGAUUUUACCUGUAAACACAAAGCCCUUCAUGUAAUAUUUAUUGCUAUUGCCAAUUUUUUCAAUGAAAUGACCAAAAAUGGGAGAAAAAAAAAAAACAACUAUACAGUAGUUUGCUUGGGGGUGGGGGGAGGGGCGCUGUUAGUGCUUACAGGGGGGAAAAUGCUUGCCACUGUAGAGGUGGAUGGUGCUUACAAGAGGCCCCAGUCAUGGGUAUUUAAAAAAAAUGGACUGACCGGAAACCCGUAUCUAGCAGGAUCGAAGUGCACUGUAAAAAAAAAAAAAAAAAAAAGGGAAAAAGAAAAAAAAAAAAGAUGACUGUAUUGUGUACUGGCUCUGAGAUGUAGACCCCCUUCAGCAAGCCAAUCAGUAGUCACCAUCCUAGCAAUGUCCCCGUUAGGUUAGCGGGGCUGUCGCAUUUUAUAGAGCAUUUCUCUUUUGGGUUUGGUGAGAUUCCUUCGUUCACUAUCUUAACUUGAAAUCGACCUCCAACGGACACCUCGCUCUAAAUGACAUGUAUGAGAAAAGCAGACGCUGGAUAACCUAGUUGAUUAUUUAAGCAUAUAAAAUAAACCGUGUUCAACUCUUCCCUUA